AUGGCCCACAAGGGUCCCAGUGCCAAUGGCACAUUCCUUGAUGACUUAAACAGGUGGAGUCUCCUCCUCAUUUCUCCCUUUAUUUAUCCUGAGAAGUUACUUAAUGCAGAACAUAUAGCCUUUGUGACAGAAAGCAUUUCUGCUCAGACAGAGAACUUGCAGAGAGCUCCUGACUCUUCAAAGGAGGUCGUGAAGUGGUCAGACUAUUGUUCACCGUUGGCCUAUAAACCUGGUGAACCUUUUAAGUUAAUUGCUGAAGCAAGUGUAGAUAAUUUCAGUAGCCUUGGAAUAGCAUUCUUGGAAGACAGGCUUCAAAUGGAUAAUGGAAUGGUGCCACACAAGAUUGUUUCUGUCCAUUUACAGGAAUCUGCUCUGAAGGAGCUGACACAGGAGGCACCACCCGUGAAAGAGCAAAGCACACAAAUGGAUGGAGUAACUCCUGCUGGGACUGCUGUUAAAUCAGGAUUGGGAGGACAAAGUGAAGAGGAGAAAUCCAAGCCAGAGGAGGAAGGUGAUCACGAGGAUGAGCCCAACAAUCUGUCUGGAGAACAUCACCACUUGCAUCUUUCCAGCUGCCACGAGUGCCUGCAGCUGGAAAACAGCACCAUUGAAUCAGUUAAAUUUGCCUCUGCAGAAAACAUUCCAGAGCUUCCUGAUGAUUCCAGCAGCAAGCUGGAAGAGGAGAAGGAUGACUGUCUAGAAAAAGGGAUGAAGAGGGUGAACCUCGCUGGGAAGCCCCCCAAUGUGUUGAUUUACCUUGGCUCUGAAAGGGCCAAAGGGAAAUUCGAGCAGGUCAGAUCAAUCCUUCAGGAAUGCCUCGAUGCCGAGAGCUACACCAUCUACCAGCUGCACCAGGAGCAAGUGCUGAGAGAUCCCUGGAUUGACAACUCCCUGCUGCUGGUCAUUGCCACAGAGGAACCUAUUUCUGAGGGGAACCACAAGCAGUUCAUGAAAUUUUUGUCUAAAGGUGGGAAGAUUCUGGGGCUUUCUUCGUCCUUCGCUUUUGACGGCGUUCGGAUAAAGCGGAAAAACAAGCUGAGGAGGACUGUCCACGAGCUGGUGGUCUCUGAAAAGGACAGCCCUGAAAUGAAGCUGGAUCUCAUGGUCAGUGGCUGUGUUUUUGAGGAAGGAAGGAAGGAAGACACUGGCAAAGUGAAGACGUUGUGUCGGUUAAAUAACGCUGAGAAAGACCCGGUUAUUGUUCAUCUGACUCACGGAGACGCUGGAGGAGAAGCCGUUCUUUGCCAGGCCCACUUGGAGCUGGACAGCAAUUCCAUGGAUGUCCAAACCGAAGAGGAUUUUAAUUUACUGAAGAUGAGCAACACCAAGAGAUGUGAAGUUCUCAAGGAGAUCCUGGUGUCCCUUGGCCUGAGCUGUGAAUUGAGUGAACUUCCCACCCUGACACCUCUUUACCUUCUCUCUCCUGAUGAGGAAAUCCACCUUGCUUUCCUCAAGUGGCUGGAGGGGAAUGUAGAUGCUGAAGGAUUAAGGGCAUCCAGCAAGGUGUCCCUUAAAUUCGUGUCGUCCUGUGGCUCCGAAGCGGAGGUGACUCCGUCCCUCAUGCCGGUGGUCACGGAGAUGGGAAGUUUCUCCUCGGAACAUUUCAGCCUGAAGACCUAUCAGCAGAACCUUCAAACCAAGAAGCUGGGCAAGAUUCUGCUUUUCACUGAGGUUACCACCAGCACAAUGAACCUUCUGGAUGGGUUAAUGUUGGACGUGCCUGAGGAGAUGGGUUUAAUAGCAGUUGCUGUUCGACAAACACAAGGGAAAGGUCGUGGUGGGAAUGUUUGGCUCAGUCCCAUGGGCUGUGCUCUGUCCACUCUGCAUAUCACCAUUCCCCUGCAUUCCAACCUAGGCCAGAGAAUUCCUUUUAUUCAGCACCUGGUGUCUCUGGCAGUGGUGGAGUCAGUUAGAUCAAUACCAGGAUAUGAGGAUAUUGAGCUGCGAGUAAAAUGGCCAAAUGAUAUUUACUACAGUGACCUUAUGAAGCUUGGUGGAGUUCUGGUAAACUCAACACUUAUUGAAACAACAUUUCAUAUACUGAUUGGCUUUGGAUUUAAUGUGAAUAACAGCAACCCCACCAUAUGCAUCAAUGAUCUCAUCACGAAAUUUAAUAAGGAAGAGGGGACAAAGCUGAAGCCUUUAACUGCAGACUGUCUCAUUGCAAGGACUGUCACUGUGCUGGAGAGGCUCAUAGAUAUUUUUCAGGAGAAGGGGCCCAAUGGAAUUCUUCCCCGUUACUACAAGUACUGGGUACACAGCGGGAAGCAGGUCCGUCUGCACAGCGAGGACGGGCCGACCGCCUGGAUCGUCGGGAUAGACGACUAUGGAUACCUGCAAGUCCACCAAGAAGGCAAAGGGAUCGAUUCUGUGCACCCAGAUGGCAACUCCUUUGACAUGCUGAGAAACCUCAUAGUACCAAAGCAUUAACUCACAGCACCAGGGGAGACUCUUUAGGGUUUGGCACCGUCAGCUAAACUCGCUCAGAGGUGGGAAGGGGAGUUGGCAGCUUGAUUUUUUUUUCCCUUCUGAUUUUCUGCUGUCUUUGGUUUUUGAAGUGGAUAACUUCAACAGUUCAAAAAGAGGUGGUGAUCUCAUAGCUGAAGACCUUUAUUCUUUUGUAUUAACUUUAAAACACACCGACGUUGCCGUUCUUUGUAAGUGUCUAUUCUUUGUGAGGAGUCUGGUUGCAAAGGAACCCCUUGCAAUGAACAGAACUUUCUCUUCACUUACACACUGUAUUGGAGAAACUGAAGUGGCUGAACAGUUCCUUUUUGUCUCUCUCUGUUUUUAUUGUACUUUAGCAAAGUGCAGGACAAUAUUUACUUUUUUUUUUUACUCUGUUUUUUUUAAACUGCAUUCUGGUUUAUGUGUUGUCUGCACUAAAAACACCUGGAACGUCAUACAUUUCUGACUUACUGGGAUUACCACUGUGCUUAACUUCAGGUCUAAGUGGAGAUCCUUCCUGAUUUGGUUCUUCUCCAUGUGGACCUGUGCAACAAUUUACCAACCUGUGCUUUGGUCUCAGGUCUACAACUCUAGUGGCUGCCUUGAGUUUUUUGGAGAGUAUUCCAUCAGCACUUUAGAACUGUGGUUGGUUAUCCAAAUUCCUAGCACUCUGCUCUUCUUAGGCAAUUGGAUCCAAGUAAAUCAUCUCAUGUGUCCUUUGAAUCAUAGUUUUCCAAGAGGAUUUAGCCCCUGUAAGAAAAGCCCACUGGAGUAGUGUCUCCCCAAGGUUGUUGUGGAAUCCCAGUCAGGAGAGGGAACCUCUGAUUAGCUUAAAAUUUGAUAGUAGUUAUAUUGUGAUCUCAGUGAAAUUAAGUGAAGAAAUGAGAGAUUCUCUGCUGUAAGGAACUACUCCAGUGAGAAAGAGAAAACACACCAUCCACCCGUGUCCGAAUUCUCUUCCACAGCUUCCGUGGUCACCCCCUUUCCCAAAGCAGAGCGUCUGGGUUUGCUGCUAACCAUUAAAAGCAGGAGCUGACCUGAAAGUAGCUCGUUUUGGGGGCUGCCUGCCCAGUUCCAGAUGGGUUGCAACACCUUGCUCAUGACUGGGAAGCAUCCUGGAGCAUCCCUGUGGGAGUUUCCGUGCGACGGCGGCGGCUCGGCGGGUUUUUCUCCCGGGCCUUCACACCAAGACUUGGCCACCACAGCUCUUCAGACAACUCUGUGCAAAAUAAGUUUGUCCUAGGUGUGAUGUUUCCUCAAGUCUCAUUUCCUCAAGUAGGCAGCACUGCUUGUUCCAUUCCCUCGUCCCUGCUGGAGGUGGAUCAGCCAAAUUGGUUUCCACAAAGGAAAUUACGGCCUACACGCCAGAAACGGGGGUUUGGGGUUAAAGUUCACCUCAUAAACAACCUGAACAUGUUAGGAGAUUGUUUCAGUUACAAAGCCAAGAAGUCUUAAAAUCAGGAAACUGGUCUGUAAUGGUAGUUUUGACCAAUCCUCACAUAUUGCAGCAAGUGCAAGAAAUUAAGUUGUCCCUGUUACAUUUAGGACUUUAUGCUCCACAUCACAGUAGAUUUGUCUCGUGUCCCUGCUGGUUUGUUUUCCCCCAUGAUCCAGAUCAUGUGAGGCUGCACACCAGUAUUAGAUGGGACUGUCCAGUGGAGUGUAGACAGCUGUUAAUUGGCAUAAUUAAAAUGAUACACACCAACACCAGAUUUUGCUUUUUCCCACCAGAGGCUUUCAAAACGGCUUUGGGCUGAGAAUUUUCUGGCAGCUACCUUUAUUUCAGAAUUAAAUAUUGAUGCAUGUUGUAAUCAUGUGAAAUUCGAGUCUGACUUAAUACAGUUUAAAUAAAAAAGAAGAAACUUAUAUAUACAUAUAUGCACAUACAUAAAAAGUGUGUGUGUGUGCACAUGCACACUCACAUCCUGUGCAUCUUCACUCAUUGUCUGCUUUUUCCUUCAGGCAGCUUGUGAGCAAUGUCAGCUGGGGAAAGCAGAGCUCUGGUUCUGGUUUUCCAAACACAGGUUUACAAAACUUUACCUUAAUCCGAUAUUUGUAGCUAAAACACUGUCUCUGCUUUGGCUUUGGCACUGCGGGAUGUGCCUGUGGGAAGCACCUUGGAUUUUGCUCGUAUUCCAGGGAGACUGAGAAGUGCCUGUAGAGAUUUAACAACCAGGUCAUGCUUGCAUGGCUUCCUUAAAACUCUUUCUCCCUUCACAAGGGACAAAGAAUGACAGAGGAAAAGGAUAAAACAUGUUCCUGUGUGGAGGGAAGAAUGGACUUGCAAACCUUCAGUGGCUGAGGGAUUUUUUAAGAGCAAAAUGCUGCAGCAUUUCCUGGUUGCUGUUGUUCCUUUUUGGAUUCCUUUCUGGCUGCCUUAAUGGUGAGCUGGUUCUAUUCUCACUUUGAUUUUUAAGGUUAUUCCAAAAAAUUUUGCAUUAGGAAGACACUUAGCAUUGAACUUCCUUUCCACAAGCAAGAUCUUUGAGUCUGGGUGUGCCAGAGCACAGGUUGGGUGCUCUGGGAAUAUCACUUGGCCUUUUUAGUGGCCUCUUCUGAUGUCCAAAACUUACCUGUGGUUCUUGAGGAAACUGCCUGGACUUUGGAUGAAGGGUUUGGUUGCUUCCCCUUCAGAAGAACCAAAGACAGGGAGAAUUCCUGGAGUAAGGUCCUUGUGAGGAGCAGCUGCUCCUGUGGAGAAGCCCAGGAGCCUCUGUCAGGUAGAUGGGAAGCCCAGCCAGGAGUCUGACUCCUCCUGUGCCAAACUUGGCACGCCCAGAAAGCCACAACAUUUUUGUAGGAAAAUGGUUGUUAUUCUUGUUCUCAGACAAAUGUGGUGCAGAGUGUCUCUGGACAUCGGUAUGGAGAGUAUCAGACAACUCCAGACCCAGGAGUAAUGCACUGAAAAUGUUUCAUUUCGUUCAACUGUCUGGAUUAGUAAAACACCUCUUCCAUUGUGGGGCUGAUGUCAUAUCUUAAACUAUUUUCUUGAUGAAGUGCUUUCAAAAAAACCCCAUUUAUUACGACGUCCAUAUUUCUGCGACUUCAUUUUUUUUUUUUUUCUUCCCCUCCUGGACUCUGUUAUAACGUUUCUCAUUGUGAAAACAUUUGUGGAGGUUGUUUAUUGAUAGGAAAACUUCUGCUGGGCGUGUUGGCACGUGUGUGUGUUCAGAGGGAGGCGAGCAGGUUGUGCCCAGUCAGCAACAAAGCUGCUUCCAAAGAUUUGAAAAAGUAAUAAUGUGCUUAACGUUUAAGAGCUCAAGCAGCACAUCUCGCUUCUAGUAAAAGGUUUAUAAGACUUCAGAGCUUUUUUAUUUUUUAAAUAUAUCCAACAAAUCAAGGGGCUAUUACCUGGAAAUAAUAUUAAAGCGUUUAAUCCUUUAUGCUGCUGCUUCAUUGUGCAAAAAUUUAUUUCUUUGCUUUUUCCUGAUUCAGCUGCAUCAGCAGUUUAAAAAAUUACUCUGUGCAACUCCUUUGGAACAUACAGGAGCUUUAUAUGUAUAAAAAAGUGUCUGUCAUUGUGCUGCAAAGAGCUGAUUCCUGGGGGCGACUGGUUUAAUAAAAGCAUUUGCAUGUGUAAGUGGCAGCAGUGAUGCACUGCCCUGAUCAGACACCAAAGAAAUUAAAUCUGGGCUGAGGAAGGACCAGAGGUCAAAAAAUGAUGGAGAAAAGAGAACUGCAGGGAAGAAUUGCAAACUGAUGUCGUGCUUGAGUAGCUCAUUAGUGAUUCUGUGUUAUUUGCAGUCCCCCAAGUGUCUUCCUUUGAAACACAACGUGGCUAAAAUACAAUAAAUUUGAAUAAAAAAAAAAUCCUUUUAUUUUAUAGUACUUUAAUUGUCAAAUAUAAACCACGAUGGGAAUAAAUUUUCAAAUAUGCACCAUUGUUUGUGAAACCCUGUGUUUUGUGGCUAAAAAGAAAAAGAGGACUCCAGCUCGA